AUGGCGUCCAAUCACUGCUCAAUUGGUAUCAAGGGACUGAACGUGUGCCAGGAGAACAUUCCACACCACCGCCAUCAUCCUGAUUCGCCCAGGGCUCAGACAAGGCGAACGAUCGAAUGCUGCGAUACAGACUUCUGUAAUCGGGACCUGCAGCCCACAUUACCUCCCCCAAUGGACAUGGUGAGUGCCCAUUGGCUGGCUUUCCUUAUAUCAAUGACUGUGUGCUGCUGCACUCUCAUCUGCAUCACGGUAGUCUGUUACUACAGCUUUAGCAUGUGUACUGAUCUGUGUGUGUGUUCCUGCCAGGUACAAGUGCAGACGGAGAGGCAGCGGUACCACCGGGACCUGGAGCAGGACGAGGCCUACCCUGUGGGAGAGUCUCUCAAAGACCUCAUCAACCAGUCCCAGUCCUCUAGCAGUGGCUCUGGGCUCCCCCUGCUGGUGCAGCGUACCAUUGCCAAGCAGAUCCAGAUGGUACGCCAGACGGCAAGGGCGCUACGCGAGGUGUGGCUGGGCCGCUGGCGGGAGAGGAAGGUGGCCGUCAAGGUGUUCUUCACCCGGGAGACCAGCUGGUUCAGAGAGACUGAGAUUUACCAAACUGUGCUCAUACACGAGAACAUACUGGGUUUCAUAGCGGCAGACAUCAAGGGUACCGGGGCCUUCACACAGCUCCUCCUCAUCACAGACUACCAUGAGAACGGCUCCCUGUACGACUACCUGAAGUUCACCACGCUGGACACCCAGAGCCUGCUGCGACUGGCCUACUCCGCUGCCUGUGCCCUGUGCCACCUUCACACGGAGAUCUACGGCACCCAGGGCAAGCCGGCCAUCGCCCACCGAGACCUCAAGAGCAAGAACAUCCUGAUGAAGAAAAAUGGAACCUGCUGCAUCGCUGACCUGGGUCUGGCUGUCAAGUUCAACAGUGAUACCAACGAGGUGGACGUUCCUCUGAGUACGCGGGUGGGGACCCGGAGGUACAUGGCCCCUGAGGUGUUGGGAGAGACCCUGAACAAGAACCACUUCCAGGCCUACAUCAUGGCUGAUAUAUACAGCUACAGCCUCAUCAUCUGGGAGAUGGCCCGCCGCUGUGUAACAGGAGGCAUAGUGGAGGACCACCAGCUGCCCUACUAUGAGAUGGUGCCGGCAGAGCCGUCCUUUGAGGACAUGCUGGAGGUGGUGUGUGUGAAAGGGCUGCGGCCCACCGUGUCCAACAGGUGGAACGGUGACGAGUGUCUGAGAGCCAUGCUGAAGCUGAUGUCUGAGUGCUGGGCCCACAACCCCGCCUCGCGCCUCACCAUCUUACGAGUCAAGAAGACCUUGGCCAAAAUGGUGGAAUCGCAGGACAUCAAGAUUUGAUCCUUUUCCCCCCUACAUACUCAACACAGCCUGACCUAGAGACAGAACUCCCCAGUGUGUCCUAAUGCUGAAUGUGUCACCUCUGUUCAGUUGGCAGGGGAGGAGGAACAGGGUAUGGGAGAAAAAGGACCCUGUUGUCACAGGGCCUUGGGCAUAGGGCCUUAACCUCCAUGAGUCUCUAUCACCACAACGGACAGAUGCUGCUGCCAGAGGUUCUUUCCCUUAUUCCCUCCCUGGCCAGAGGAGUUCUUGGUCAACGUGCUGCAUUGAAUGCUUUCUGUGAAAGUCAAAACAUGACAUUGUGUGUGGAGGGGGAUGGCAUUUUCCUGCUCACAUGUUGAUGGGCAGAAAGGAAUAUGAUGGAGGAACCUUUGAGCCUCACUUCAAACCAAGACACUGCCCUCGCAAGCGUCACCUGCCAAUUAUGUUCAAUUUUUGCCUGUAAACGUUUUAUGCCAACAUUUUUUCUCUUCAGGACAGUCUUCUCCUGCCAUAUUAAAAUGUCUCUCGACUCUUAAGUAGAUUAAUUACGAAAUACAAAAUAAGGUACUAUAAUUAUAUGUGAAUUUAAUAUGUAAAUAUAUUGUAUCGAUAGAUGCCGUGCCUACUCAAAAAAAAAAGAACAUGCUGCAAUGGUAUUCACGUCCAGUGGUCUUCAAACGGGACCUGCUUCAAGAGCUACGAGCAAUCCAGACAACCAAGGACGUUGUAAGAGGGGAUAACUGACUUGCCUUAAAUCAACUUGUCACUGUGCUUCCUAYAACAAACCUCAACUCAGUAACUUGUCAAAAAAAAUCUAUGAUCUGACACACAAAAAAGACGUCUGGUUAAAAAAACAUAUUUAAUGCAAAAUUGUAUUCAAAUGACAUUUGUGAAUAGGGAGUUUGUGUCCCAUCAUCUCUCUAUGCUUACCUCUUCUUCAUAUGUGUUAUCUUGUGUAUGUUCUGUAUGUCUUCUGGGAGGAAAGUUCAGAAUACAAAAAUGGCAUAUUUUGGCCCUCAUGAAGCCUAUGCAAAGGUGUGCAGCUUAGAGGGCACACAUCAAUUAGGCCUUUCUAAAAACGAUUAAUCUGACAUUUCUGCUGUCCCCACGCCCCACUGAUUCUUGUCCACAUUCAUGGAUCUAAGAUGAACCCCCCCCGCUCUUCUCUUGCUUUUCAUUCCAUUUUGAGUUGCAGAUAUAUAUAUAUAUAUUCAUUAAGUGGCCAACUUUCAUAUUGCCAAACAUCAUGUGAGCUCAGCCGUUGAACUGUACCAUUGACUAUGAUGGUUGCAUUGUGCCGUAAUGGUUUGUCAUCGGGCUCACAAGAAGUCCACAUUAGUUCAGAAAAUAUGCAGUAUUUUACUAACUUAAAGUACAAUUAUAUAGCUUACUCAAUGCUAUGGUAAAUGGCAUAUUUAUUUUAACUAAAUGUUAUUUUUAGCACGUCAGAGCUGUAAUGCCAUUGCAGUUUGUUGAUCCAUCAAGCUUCCUCAGGUUUGUGUGACAGAAUUACAGUCAAGUACAGAGGGAUCAUACAGUAGAUGCAACACUGAAGUGAAACCACUUCCGCUUGCUUUGGGACACAUGCAAAUAUAUACAUAUUUGCAGGUUUCCUCAGUGAUGUUAUCUGCGGGCCAGUGCAGAGGGUAGAGCAAGCCCAUGGGACACAUGCAAAUAUAUACAUAUUUGCAGGUUUCCUCAGUGAUGUUAUCUGCGGGCCAGUGCAGAGGGUAGAGCAAGCCCAUGUAUGACAAUUUCCCACAAGAGGAACUGCAUUUCUACAUUUAGAACUUCAUACAGGUAUGAAAUGAAAACAAAUAAUAUCCUUGGCUGAACCACUUGUCCUCAACUCUUGACCGUUUGUUUGCCCGUGUAAUGAUGAUGAGGAAGCGUUGUCACAGAUCGUGCCCUUUGUUAACCGUCUUGCGUAGGAUCCAAGUCUUGGCCAGUGUAUUCUUAACUUUUUCUUCCAAGUCCCUGCUCCUAUUGUGUCUGCCUCUUAUCUAUCCAAUGUUUGCUUUAGCUUCCCUUGUGUCCAUACAAAUUAAGAAAAAAUAUCUUCUAGUGCUUGUGGGUUUGCGCACAUGUUAAGUGUGCAUGUCCGCUGAAAUCACGUGCAACCUAGUGUGUCAGGACAGUUUCUUUGUGAAUUAAGCUAACAGUACAUAUGGUAGAUAUUUAAGAAAUAUUUCACCCGAGCAGUAAAUAGUGUUUUCCUCUUUGUAAUAUGCAAGAAAACCAUAUAGAAUAAUCUCUAAUAUGUACAUCUUUAAUGUGUUUUUUUUAUACAGCAUCUGGUUAAAAGGUGCCUUUUUUGAGUUUACCAAGGAAAGAAAACGAUUCUGUUUCUGUACACAACCUGUCCAAUGUAUCAAUUUUAAAGUAAAUAACCUUAUUUUAGUACACAA